UGCGCAUGUGCAGACGCAUCAAUACAGCAAAAGGAGCUUUUAGCGAAGCAGCUUUUGUUAACGUUUGCUUUUAACUGUUUUUAUGCUAAAAAUGUCUUUUUCUCAGGCAGUUAAUUUAAGUGACGGGAGAGUACGAUAACAAACGCUAUUGUGCUAACUAGUGGCUGAUAAACAGUUGAGUUAUUUAACAUUUAAUGUAGUUUAGUAUCAUUUAGUAUCAUUGUUUUUCCCCUCUCUCAUUUCAGGCGUGGCUGCAUUUUAAUCCUUGUGUUGUAGCUCAGUGGACAGGAUGGAUAACGUGGCCAUGUCAACCUCGGAGGUGACCGAUGGUGCUCUGGUGUCGGAGGACAUGGACGGCAUCUGUGUGAUGGCUGAUAUGGGAGCCAUAAAGACUGAGCAGUCUGUGGGUUCAGCCCCAGAGGACACGAACCCCCAGAAUGUGGCCAUGGGCAUCAAGUUCAUCCUGCCCAACCGCUUUGACAUGAAUGUUUGCUCAAGAUUUGUGAAGUCGCUCAACGAGGAGGACAGCAAGAACAUCCAGGACCAGGUGAACUCUGAUCUGGAGGUGGCUUCUGUUCUGUUCAAAGCCGAGUGCAAUAUCCAGACAUCCCCCUCGCCGGGUAUUCAAGUGCGUCAUGUUUACACCCCAUCCACCACAAAACAUUUCUCCCCCAUUAAACAGUCCACCACACUCACCAACAAGCACCGAGGCAACGAGGUUUCUUCCACACCUCUUUUGGUGCAUUCUUUGUCCAUUCAUCAGCUGGCAGCCCAAGGAGAGAUGGUGUUUUUAGCUAGCAGGAUUGAACAAGAAACUGUGAUCAAUCUUAAAGAUGAGGAAGGUUUUACCCCACUUAUGUGGGCAGCUGCUCAUGGACAAAUUGCUGUUGUUGAGUUUCUGCUGCAAAAUGGAGCCGACCCCAACCUCCUGGCCAAAGGGAGGGAAAGCGCAUUGUCCUUGGCCUGCAGUAAGGGAUACACAGACAUAGUGAAGAUGCUCAUUGACUGCGGAGUCGAUGUCAAUGAAUAUGACUGGAAUGGAGGAGCCCCUUUGCUGUACGCUGUCCACGGCAACCAUGUGCGUUGUGUGGAGAUCUUGUUAGAAAGUGGUGCUGAUCCUACUAUUGAAUCAGAUUCUGGAUUUAAUGCAAUGGACAUGGCUGUGGCGAUGGGCCAUCGAAAUGUCCAACAGGUGAUGGAGGCACACUUACUGAAACUGCUGAUGGGAAUCAGAGAGUGAACCGUCAUACCUGGAAGGAUAUCGCCGGGCGCUGGACAAUCACGUAAUAUGCCCUUGCUGUCAUACUGCAGGAACAUUUUACUCCUGUGAAAUUAAUGUCAAGUGUUGUGUCAUAUUUAUUUGAUCUCUAUGGGCCUGAUGCACAUGUUUGUGCCGUGUGAAUUUUUUUUCUAUUCAAACCCUCUAAACCUGUCAUACUCUGCACUUUUUUUUUUACAUUGAUGAAGGCAGAUGUAAAACAGUAAAACCAGGAACAAAUGCUGCAAAUGCAGACUUAAAGGAUUUGCCAGUGUCUCUGUGCCAUAAUACUUUUAAAUUAUUUUCCUAGCUCUUUUUUUUUUGUUUUUCUGAUUAUUACUAACCUAUUUACAAUCAUGAUAAACUGUUGUUAAGGUCAAACGUUUUUUUUUUAAAUCACACAUUUAGUUUCUGUCCUGUCUCCGAGGCACGAAUGUUGUUGACUGUAGUGGAUUAUUUAUUUGAAUUUGGCGCUUAAUGAAGUCGCUUCUCCUCUGUACAGUAAUGUGGAUCUGUGUUGUGAAUCUGAAAAAGACGGCAGCCUUCAGUUAAAUAUCCCAACUGAUGCCGCAGUUCUUUCAAGCCAUUUUGUAUCAAGGUACACGUGUCACACCAGUCGUAAAUUAAUGCAUCACUCAUCUUUCUAUGUGGAUAUUUAUCUGUUUGCUGUUAUUUGUCAGAGAUUUAAAGAUGAGUCUUUCUGAACUGGGUUCAUGGAGUAAAUAGCUUGACUGUGGAUAGUCGGACAAAAAGGGAAUCCUGCACUACUGAUCUGAAAGUUGUACAAUUUUAAGUUAACCAGGUACCCAAUAAUUACUGGAAAAUGUCACAUCUGUGCUUAAAUGAGCAUAUAUGAAAACAAGGUACCUGCUUGCCUGCAUAGGAACGUAUUUAUCAGAAAUUAUGGAAUAAAAGUUAAUCCAUUUAAAAGUGA